UGGGAAUUCGUCGCGAUAAGUGUUUUUUAUAAACAUUUUGCUAAAACUGUAAUAAUUUUACAAAGAAAAAAAAUCAUGUUUCAAUAAAGAGUAUAUGAAAUAUGCUUUGUUAUCAAAUCUAAAGUAAACUAAAUAACGAUAUUUUAAUACGGCCAAUUAAUUACAUACAUAUGAAUUUAAAUAAAUAUAAAAAUAAGUUUUAAGUAGCUCGUAACAAGAGAUUGUGAUAUCAGUUUUCAAUUAGAAACAACAAAGUGUGAUCAUUAAUUUAAUCAGUUAACUGCGGCUACACAACGGCGACCAGUAACAAAAAACGAACGCCAAUUGAAGUAGCUUCUAAAUUCAAUGAAAAGGCUCGGCAAAGUCUGCGUAUAUUUGUUUAAUUAUAUACAUACAUACAUAUGUGUGUAAAUUGGUUUUUGAUUGAUGAUGGAGGCGCGUCGGACAUUGAAUGCAAUAGCUAAAAACAAGUGGUCAAGACAUUUUGGGAUUUUCGCACUGAAAAAGAAUCUCAUUUGAGUGUUCCUUGGUCCGUUUUAUGUACGUACACGCAGCGGAACAUUGAGCAGACAAGAUGAAAUUCGCCGAGCAUCUAUCGGCGCAUAUAACGCCGGAAUGGCGUAAACAAUAUAUUAAUUAUGAGGAAAUGAAAGCCAUGCUCUACAUGGCCGUUGAAGAGGCGCCCUCUGUCGAUAGCGUUGAGGAUGAAGUUUUGAAACGCCAUUUUGCCAAUUUCGAUGAGAAUUUCUUUCACUAUUGUGAUAAAGAAUUGAAGAAGAUCAACACAUUUUAUUCGGAAAAGUUAGCCGAAGCUACACGUAAAUUUGCCACACUCAAUGCCGAGUUGAAAACCUGCAUCGAGGAGUCGGAACGUUCGGCGAAAAAAUCGAAAUCAUUGAAAAAAGCCGGCCUACCAAAUCGUAAAGCGGCCGAAUUGAAGCUGGCAUUCAGUGAAUUCUAUUUGAGUUUGAUUUUAUUACAAAACUAUCAGAAUUUAAAUCAUACAGGUUUUCGUAAAAUUCUUAAGAAGCAUGAUAAGCUACUGCGCGUCGACACCGGCGCUAAGUGGCGUCAGGAGUAUGUUGAAUCAUCACAUUUUUUCACCAAUAAAGAUAUUGAUAAUAUAAUUAAUGAAACUGAGUCCACCGUAACGAAUGAGUUGGAGAGUGGCGAUCGUACGCGCGCUAUGAAACGUUUGCGUGUACCGCCUCUGGGUGAACAACAGAGUCCGUGGACAACAUUUAAAGUUGGUCUCUUUUCGGGCAGUUUUAUUGUACUCGCUGUGGUGGUGGUGUUGUCGGCCAUUUUCCACGACAUUACCGGCGAAAAUCUCAAAAUCACCUUCCGUCUUUACCGCGGUCCUCUGCUUAUCAUAGAAUUUAUAUUCCUCAUUGGCGUUAACAUCUACGGUUGGCGUUCGUCUGGUGUGAAUCAUGUACUCAUCUUCGAAUUAGAUCCACGUAAUCAUCUCUCCGAACAACAUCUCAUGGAGCUUUCAGCUAUAUUUGGCGUUAUUUGGACACUGAGUAUGUUAAGCUUUUUAUAUAGUGCCAGCUUAAGUAUACCGGCGUUUAUUAAUCCGCUUACACUAACAAUUGUUAUGGUGGCCUUCUUGCUGAAUCCGUUACAUGUAUUCCAUCACGAUGCACGUUUUUGGUUGCUACGCAUAACUGGUCGCAUGGUGGCUGCGCCAUUCUUUCAUGUUGGUUUCGCCGAUUUCUGGCUCGGCGAUCAGUUGAAUUCACUCACAACAGCUCUGUUGGAUUUUGAAUAUUUGGUGUGUUUCUAUUUCACCAAUGGCAAUUGGUUUGAGGCGCAAGAUGCCACAACGUGUAUGGAGAAAGAUUUUCUCAUACGUCCGAUAUUUAAUUGUUUGCCGGCAUGGUUUCGUUUUGCACAGUGUUUGAGGCGUUAUCGUGAUACGCGCGAAGCAUUUCCACAUUUGGUGAAUGCCGGCAAAUAUUCGAGUACAUUUGCUGUGGUCAUAUUUGCAACGCUGAGGAGUUUCAAUAAUCGCUAUUAUUCGAGCACAUUUGAUAAUCCCUACACCUGGUUGUGGAUCAUCGCUUCCAUUAUCUCUUCAUGUUACGCUUACACUUGGGAUAUAAAAAUGGAUUGGGGCUUGUUCGAUAAGAAUGCUGGCGAGAAUACAUUUUUGCGUGAGGAAAUCGUUUACUCAACGGGCUUCUAUUAUUUCGCCAUCAUCGAAGAUCUGGUGUUGCGCUUCCUUUGGGCCUUAUCAUUUUAUCUCACCGAAAUGAAAAUUGUUAGUGGUGAUAUUAUGUCAUCCAUAACGGGUAUUUUGGAAGUAUUUAGACGUUUCGUUUGGAACUUCUUCCGCUUGGAGAACGAACAUCUCAAUAAUUGUGGUAAGUUCCGUGCCGUACGUGAUAUCUCAAUUGCACCCAUCGAUUCAUCGGAUCAAACACAAAUACUACGUAUGAUGGACGAACCGGAGGGAGUUAUAAAUCGUUAUACGAAAACUAAUCGUCCAAAGCCGAAAAAGAAUAAAGAUCCUGAGAAACGUAGCCUUUUGCAGCAACGUGGUUCACUGCAUGAUCUUAGUAUUGAUAUUGAUGGCACGAAAAAGUUGUGAAUUGUUCCACGCACAUGUACAUACAUACAUACAUAUCGGUGUGUGAGGUAUUUUAUGUUGAAAAAAAGGAUAAGUCGCAAUUAAGUAAGUGCUGCUGAAGUAGCUUAUAGCGCGAAAAGAAAUGUAUGCUUCCAUAGUGAAAAGUGUAGGGUAAAAAAUGUUAAGUGAAUACGUAAAACUUAGCCAAUUAAGUCAUAGUAAUUAGUAUAUAAAUAUAUAAUAUGUUUGCCAGCCAUUUUAUAUACACGCUUGAAUACAUAUAGUUCAAUUUUUUCUUUGGCCAUUAAUUUAAGUACUUAAAGUAAAAGCAGUUUACACUAAUUUGUGCUCUUUGUUUGUUUUUGUGUACCACCGCGAUUGCCAAGAACAUUAAUUACUAAAAAUUAUGUUGAAUGUUGCAUUAAUUUUGUAAACAUUCUAUAACUAUUAUUUUACAAUAGAAUACAACGUUAUUCGGCAGUAUUACUUAUGUAUGUAAUUACAAAUAAUUUUGCGUACUUAUAUAAUUUUUUAUUGAAACCCUUUA